CACCGCCAAGACCUCCGUGCGACACAACAUCAAUAGACUGAUGCCCUGAGAGUGCCGCAUCGCCACACACCAAUAUGCCCGGACGCACAAGACCAAUCGAUAAAUUUGCUUCUGCCGUGGGGAAGUGCUCUGCAGAGAGCGCUGUGUACGGAAAAUGUAUAUUUGCGGACUACAGCAAUGUGCAUAAGGACAUGUGUGCGAAGGAGUUUAUGAAAUUGAAAGAAUGCUAUUUGAAAGCGUACAAGACAAGGUGACAGAGCGUGGUGGCAAAAUGGCACACGGUUUUGACGGGUCCGUUAAGCAAUAGAGGAGGUCUCUGAAGAAGUGCACCAUCACGGUCUGUAUUAUGAGACACCCAUAAUAAUAGUUCGGAU